AUGCAGUACUCCUUCGUUCACGUCUUUGUCUUUUCGUACCUGACUGCUCUCGGUCUCGCCCUCCCAGCUGCCAGCCCGGCGCAAGGCAACUCGUUGGGCAGCCACCGGUUCCUCGCGCGAGGUGUCAGACGUCUGGACACUCGGGCUCCUCAGCAGGACCAACAAGCUGGCGCCAGCCAAGGCGCGAACAACACCGCCAACACUGGCGGCGCCGGACGCAAUGGCGUCAGCGAUGCUCAGGUCAUGAACGCCGUCAUGUCCUGGAUGCAGGAUACCGCAAAGGUCACCAAGUUCCUCAACACCGCCACCUCCUUCACCGGCGCCGAGUUCACCAAGCAAGCCACCAUUGCGCUCAACGCCGAGAUCGACGAGCUCAACCACAAGAUGGUUCUCGACGCCGCCUUCCAGGGAACGGACAUGGUCACGCAAGCCAACAACGUGCUCGACACGCAGGGUAACUUCCAGCAGGUUGUUGACACUCUUCAGAGCAUGGUCACCAACGGUCCGGACACCGCGCAAAGGGAUGUCAACUCCAUCAACCAGAACCGUUGUGUCAAUGUCCUUCCCAACAUCGACAUGUACUUUGCUGCCGCUGGCGCACCCAACAUCCAGUCCGUUCGUCCCACGGGAUGUUUGGAAGUUGAGGGAGCCAACGUCACUCCCUCGGUUCCGCCACCAGCGGGCGGUGCUCCCGCUGCACCUGCGGCGACCACCCCGCCAAAGGCCGGCAACGGUAAUGCCAACGGAAAUGGAAACGCCAACAACAACCAGAACCAGGACAACAACAACCAGAAUCAAGGGAACAACAACCAAAAUCAGGGCAAUGGCAACCAAAACCAGAAUCAAGGAAAUGGCAACCAGAACCAGGGAAACGGAAAUCAGAACCAGGGUAACGACAACCAAAACCAGGGCAACGAUAACCAGAACCAAGGCAACCAGAACCAGAAUCAGGGCAACAAUGGUGGCCGGAACGGUGGUCAGGAUAUUGGCAAGGGAGUUGGCAACAACGGCAACACCAACACCAACACCAACACCAACACCAACCAGAACCAGGGCAACAACAACAACAACAACAACCGUCCCCAGAAUCAGAAUCAGGGCAAUCGCAACGGUAAUGGAAAUGCCAACACCAACACUAAUACCAACACGAACACCAACAACCAAGGCAACAACGGAGCUCCGAAUAGCAACCAGAACAACGCCAGCACUGGCCUUCAGCCUGCUACUCUUGGUUCUGGCAACGCCAACGCGAACAACGGCAACAAGAACCAAGGCCAGAACCAGCCUCAGCAGCAAUCACAGCAGGCGCAAAGCCAAGGCGGUUCGUCCCUCAAGCCCGCGACGCUGGGCUCGCCAAGCCCUGCUGGCAACUGA